UCGGGGAUGACAGAACGCUUCUGGGAGAAGAAAAGACGAUGUUGGAACGCCAUGAGUAGAGUGAGUUUGGUGAAGUGAGAAAUACUGCUUUAGCGCCGUGUAGCGGCCAUGAGGGACCGUCAGAUGUUUGCUUGUGUUUUGCUGGCUCUAAUCAGCCAGUCAUGUAUAAUAUCAAAUUUCCCAGUUAGUGGAAGUCCGUCUGUGAAAGGAAACUGUCCUGAUAAUGAAUACUGGAAUAAGAAUGGAUUCUGCUGUGAUAAGUGUCAUCCAGGCUUUAAAUUGAAAGAGAAAUGUCCUGAACCAAAUAAAAGGUCCAAAUGUGUAAAAUGCGAGGCUGAAACCUACCUAGAAAACUCAAACCACAAUGAAAACUGCUUCAGUUGCACGAAGUGCAACAAAGUCCAUUCCAAAGAGAUAUCACCAUGUACAUACAAAAGCAACAGGGUGUGUGGGUGUGAGCCUGAAUACUACUACAAGAAACUAGGUGACUUGGCAUGGGAGUGCUCUCGCUGUAAGAAAUGUGGAUCCGGGCAGCUGGAAGCUGCACCAUGUGCUGGGGAACAGAAUAGAAAGUGCCAAUGCAAAGAAAACCAUUAUGCUGUCAAGGGAACGAACGUCUGUGAGCCGUGUGUUGAAUGUCAGGAGGAGUGUCCACAUUUGUGCAAAUCCAGCACGCCUCCUACCCCUUUUAUGUCUAUCCACCCAACUAGUCCUUCAGAUUUAAUGCCCCAAAUACUGGUCCCUGUAUUUGCGUGCAUCACAGUUCUAUCGCUGGGAGUGUUCAUGUUAUACGAGGGCAUCAGACUUUGGAAGAAAAAAAAGAGGCAUGCUUUGUCAUCGCAGAAAUCAUCGCCUGCUUCUGACGAUCAGACAUUUAUUAUCACAGUGGGAGCAGACGCGGUCCACAACGAGAGCGUUCCUCUCACAAACCAACAGUGUGAAACAGAACAAAGCGGAAAACUCCCAGACUGCGUUCCAAGGGAGAUCAAAAUUCACGAGUUCUUCUACUUCGUGCUGGACGAGGUGCCCAUCGGGCGAUUCAAAGAGCUUGUACGACGGCUUGGUGUUUCUGAGCAGAACAUUGACAGGGCCGACCAAGACCACAGGAACAGCAAAGAUGCCCACUACCAGAUGCUGAAGGUUUGGAGCGACAGCGGGAGCGGGGGAGGGAACAACGUUUUGCCCUGUCACCGCAUCCAGAUGUUCGUAGACACCCUGAAGGACAUGUAUUUGGUGAACUGUGCAGACAACAUCGAGAACAGGUUUCUUUCACAGGACACAAGCGCUUCACACUGAGGCCAAUAGAAGAGAAAGAAGAAAAGGGCAUUAAUAGAGAACCUUCCGACGAUUUCCAUUGGAUUCCUUUGAGAGUGGAAGCGCGUCUGCAGCUGUUUAUGUCCUAUUUCCAGUUGUUUGAAGGUUUCACACUAAAUUUUUUCUAUCUUCUGUGUUAUGUGUUUAUAUGCAGGCUUUUCUUGAAUGUUUCUUGAAUGAAGGUUGUGGAGUGGUUGGGGUUCUGGGUUGUAAUUUUUCAGAUAUAUAUAAUCAUGUAUAUUCUGUUCAAAUUCUCCUUAUCAUA